AUUUUUGAGCUCGUAAAUGUUGAAACUGCUGUUUCAUUCUGUUUCAGUGAGUCAGUCGGCCUAGUAUCCAGUUGAAAAAAAAAAAAUUAGUUGUCAACCUUUCCGCCAGAGUUCGCUUCGCUGCGUCUUUGUGACGUCACUCUAUUGAUUGAAAGGAGAUCGUCUUUUAGAGACGCCAUCUUAAAAAUAAAGUGAUAUAAGUUUCGAUAGGGUAGAUUAUAUUAAAAAUCCAAAGUAAUCUCCUAUAAGACAUUAGCAAUCGAGCUUAGUUAUUAUUAAUAUUGUGAUAUCAGGUAUAACGGACCAAGUUGGUGGUCAGUUGCGAGGGUGACCUCCUGAUGGUGUGUAUAUCGCAGCAUGUCUGCACUCUCGACGCCGGGCGGCGGAGGCACUUCGGCGCAGAGCAAGCCGACGUCCGGCAAGCAAAAGUAUCAAAAGUUGGACAUCAAUAGCUUGUACUGUACCAACAAAAACGAGAGCUCUGAACCAUCAUCUGUAAAAUCUCAACUAAGCCGUAAACAUGGAAUGCAAAGUCUUGGAAAAGUACCCUCAGCCCGGCGUCCACCUGCCAACUUGCCUUCUUUGAAAACUGAAACUGGACAAGAUCCCAAUACUAGUGCUGUCUCUACUGCUGCCACUACUGCCCCUGCCCCAGCAACAUGCACUACUCAGACUACGACUGUCGCGCCUCCCAGCGGUGCGGCUGCGGGCGCCCCCGGCGGCUGGGUGCCGCUGCCGCCGCCCACGGCGCCGUACUCGCGCACAGAGUUCCCCUCGCUCGAGGCUGCUGCUCAGCCCUCGCACCGCUCCGCAGAACACGCGGCACUGCAGCCGCAACUCAGACCACAAACGGAAGGCAGCUGGACGUGCGGUGGCACCGCCGGCGUGAGGCCCGAGGGCGGGUCGCCCGCACCCACCGCCCCCGCGCCCAACGUGGCCGCACAGUCGCCACACUACCGUGCCAUUUUGCCCUCAUUCUUGGAUUGUACAAAUUCUCCAUUAUCGCCGCAGCUGAUAAAAGGUAGCAGUGGCAGCGGGCUGGGGUUGGGGUCUCUGGGCGCGCUCCGCGACAGCCGCGGCGGCGGCGGCGCGCCGCGGCCCGCCCCUCGCCCGCCCGCCACGCCCCGCGCCGUCGAGGUGCUCACCGCGCGCCCCAUUCUGCGCGAGGAGCAGAUAUCCUCGCUCGACGACAUCUCGCGCGACGCCGGAUGGGCGCAACAUGAUGACAUCGAUUAUGACCAAAAAUUGGACUUUUCUGACGGAGAAUCCUCUAUGCCUUCCGCGGGUAAGGGGAUUCACAAAAAUAAUCACAACAGAGCGGCUAUCGACAUGGAUCGAGUAGGAGAUUCGAAAAUACAGGAAGUGGGCGACGAGGAACAAUUGUGGGCGGAGCGGAGACAGAAACAAAGCAACGAGAUCGCUCAGGCGGUGGCGCGCGCGCGACAGCGUAAAGCCGAGGAGCAGCGGCGGCAGAUGUCGGACUCGGGCGCGCCGCUGCCGCCGCCCGCCAAGGACUGCAGGGACCGCGACCCCGACACUAGGGACAAAGAAAGGACUGAUAACAGAGACAGGGAGCGGACCGAUAACAGGGACCGCGUAGACAAUAGGGAUAAAGUUAAUAACGAAAUUCGCGAUACCCGGGACAAGGAGCGUGUCGACAACCGCGACAGAGAUCGCACGGAUAACAGGGAGCGGUUCGACAACAGGGACCGAGACCGAGACCGCGAGCGCAUGGAUACUCGCGAUCGCGGAGAGAACCGAGACAACCGAGGCCGCAUGGAUAACAGAGAGCGCCAAGAUGGCGAGAAGGAGCGACCGGACAACCGGGACAGAGACCGCAAUGAUAAUAGAGAACGCUCAGAUCGUGACCGGUUUGAUCGGGAGCGCGAGCGCUCAGACAACAGGGACCGCGACCGAGGUGAUCGCGACCGAGGGGACCGGGAAAGGGAUCGCGAACGAGACUUCCGCGACAGGGACUACGGACGCCAACAUGAUCAGAACAAUCCCGCGUUUUCCAAGACUUUCCAACAAAAUAUUCCGCCUCGAUUCCUAAAACAACAGCAGAAUAGACAGCAGGACGAGCAGCACAAAGGCUGGGCGUUCUCCGGCAAGCAGGCGCCGCGCCGCCAGGAGCCGCCGCCCUACAACGCUCCACGCCAUGCGCCGCACAAUGGCCGCCGUUCCUAUUCCAGGGAUUACUCGGACCGUGAAGAUGAGUUCAGAAGGGACAGCAAAGAUGGAUCUGGGCAACACUGGCGAUCCGAAAUGCAGGAUUAUGAGAAAGUCGGCCGUGAAUUGGACAGAUCCAACUCCAAGGAGUCCUAUAAAGACUAUGGCGAGCAUAAAGACAGGAGAAGCGAUUCCGAUCGGAAAUCUGUGGAACGAUCCACGGAACAAAUUAGCAAGCCUUCCGCCGCUGACAAACUGUCAGAAGUUUUUGAAAGAAAGAGCAUUGGAAUAACGGAAGCUUUUUCACCUGACUCGUCUUCCCACGCGCCUACGACUGAUGUACGUAAUUCGCCUGCGUCCAAUUCUCAGCGCGAAUCAUCCGAGAGAGACUUUGGGAAAACUUCCUGGGCCGAAGCCUCUCAAGAGGAGCACGCUAACUUUUCAUCAAAAUCUCCCUCCGAAAAAACUGGACAUUCCAUUGAAAAUGAACAGAAACCGAAAGAUCCUGUACUUAAAGAAGAGGAACCCAAGCGACAGUCUCUUCCACCCAGCGCAGGACCUCCUCCACAACAGACACCAGCUCAAGCAAACAUGGCUCCAUUCUCCACUCAAGGUCAAAACAAGAAUCACGGCAUUGCGGUACAAAACUUCUCUCAUAAUCAACCAUCUCAAGCUAAUUCUUUCACUAAUGUCCAACCUCAAACCCAACCUGUCACCUCACUAAGUCACUCUCAGUCCUUUACGGAUGCCCAAGUUUCUAUAACGUCGAAUGUAUCUAUAAGUAAAGCUCUUCUGGAACCUCUAACCAACCCGCAUUUACAAAAUCCGCCUGCAUCUGAUCAAAUGAUGAUGAACGUGAAACCAAUAUUUACGCCGCAAAAGUCGGAGAAGGAACUCUCGGAAUCUGAAUCAAUUUGUUCCAAGUCGAGUACGGAUCCUGCGGCUCCCACGGCUCCCACGGCGCCCAAGCCUAACGAGGCACACUCCGUAGAAUCUCUUCACAGCGGGACAGACUCUCAAAAGCGCAAUGUUGAUGACAAAAGACACGAAAGGUUUACUGAGGCGUUUAAUAAGAUUCCUAAUAAAGAACCUAUUGAAAGGAAAUCAAGUGGUUCCGGUUCGGAAAAGAAAGGAAGAGGGUACGGAGGUGGCGUCGGGUGCGGCGUGUACCGAGGCUGGGGACAGCGAGAGUCACGCGGGAGACGCUCGCACCGCAGCUCGCACUCCAACAACCGAGCCAGCGAAUCGGACGGCUCCACUGACGGCGCGCCCAAUGCCGAGCGCAAGGAGCGGCGCCGCGCCCCGCGCAGCCCCAGGGGCAUGAAGAAACCUGACAGAAUCGACGAUCCUAAUCGCCCUCAACUUGUUGACCAAUCUCUUCCCACUGAUAAUAUGGAAAAUCGUGAGCCCUUUGCGCCUCGAGGCCAGCCUUCUCGACGGGGGCGAGGCGGUUUCCAGGGUACCACACGGCCGCCGGCGCCCGCUAAAAGGGUUACUGGCUAUGGGCCGCCGAAUACAAAAAGUCCGUUUAGUCAGGCAAAUCGCGCCGUCAAGGAUAUGGACGAAGUAAAAGACAAUGCGCCGCUGGACGACAAGGGGAAAUCUGGCAACAAGCCUCGCACCGGGUCUUCUCUCGGCAGAGGCCGAGACCGCCGCCCGAAGGGAACCGGUCCGGGUCCCCUUAGUGGUGAAGAUGAAAAUUGGGAAACGACGUCUGAACAUUCCGAAGGAGGAGGAUCCAGCGGCCGUCGUAGAUCCAUCGGCGGUCGAAUGUCGAACCAGUCCCUCAAAGGGCAAGGCCGCAACCAGGCUUCCGGAAACCGCCAAAAUAACGGUGGCCGCACCUCACAGCCGGGCAAAAAAGAUGCCCUAGUAGAUAAUAAAACUGGUGAUAUUACGGAGGCUAUGACUGAUCUUAAGAUAACUUUUGUUGUUAAGAAAGAAGAUGAGGUCGCGGACGAUGGUUUCCAGGAGGUGCGUAAUAAGAAAAAUUCAAAGGACACUAAAACUACUGUUAAAGAAGAAACUCAGAACAUUGCCAAACAGCCUAGAUCUCAUUCAAACCAGGGCGGUGGCCGAAACGGAUCGACUACUAGAAAUGCUAACGACAAGUCUAACGCAAGAGGGUCCGCGCCCGUGUCUGGUAAGACCGGGCCGCAGUACGAUCGCACGCGACAGGCUAACCUGGCACCACGUUUUGUGAAGCAGAGACAGAAGCAGCAAAUGGGUUUGGUGACCGCAUUCGGGCCAGACACGGGUGCGGCCCCUCCGCCGCCCGCAGUUAACGCUUGGGAUAAACCUAUCUCGCAAACUCUGCGGGGUAAUGUUGAAGAACCCUCCGAGUCGAUCGAAAAUAAGUCUGGUCCACCGAGUCAGCGUAGCUCGCCAGGCGACGCUCCCGCCGAGAGCAAGCCGGCACCAGUGGGGCCUGCUGUCGCUCCGUCCCUCGCCACUGAUAAGACUGGGGUUCUUGAUGGGACCACGCCGCCUGUGGAAACUAUUAUAUUUGAAAAUACUAAUUACAAGACUGCUCCACCCGCCGAAGCUCUCAAACAGAAAUAUCAACCUAGUGCUAAUACUGCCAAGCCGCAACCUCAAGGCGAGGAAAUGCCUACGGAAGUUGACGCCCGAGCGCUCUCAUUCAAUGGGGACGUUAGACCGCCGCCGCGUUCUAUUCAAGAAUUAAUAUCAGAUAGACCGGUGACAGACGGAGAGAGCACUCUGGGCUUACCAAUGUCGUUCGACACGACUCAGAAAGCCGAGGAUUCGUCCGAUAUGAAAUUAGAUUUCGCCUUCGAUUCGGAUCUCGGUCAAUUGACUGAGGAUAAGUCGGCCAAAUCUGCGCUAGGCUUGCCGCGCGGAACGCACAUGAGCACUUCAAACACAAUUUCGCCGUUGGCAGCGGAUCUCAAUUUAAAAAUCGCCAGCGUCAAGAAAGUAUGGGAGAUGUCUGCGGUGGCCGAAGGAAGCGAAGAGCUGCAGUUUGCGGGUUUCGAGGAGGGUAAUACGGAAACGGGUGCUCCCCCGAACGUGUGCAAGGUUAAACCGACGCAGCAGCUGCAGUCGCCGCCGCCGCAGCAUUACAACCACAUGGGAUACCAAGGGGGCUACGGCGGGCUGUCGGUGCCCUCGCCGCCUGCGGUGCUCUUCAACUCGUCGCAGCAACUGCUGGGCUCGUCGCAGCAGCUGCCGCAGCAGGGCGGGCUGUACGGUGCCUUCCUUGACCAGAGUCGGGGCCAGUUCGGAGGCUUCCCAGGGACGCCCUACGGUGCCGGCUCCGCGGCACCUUACAACUAUCAACCUCCGCCUGACAUGUUCCAGAGCCUUCCUAAUCAAUACCGCAUGGCUGCAGCCGCGGGCGGCGGCGCGGCGUUCGGCCAGUCCGGCCAGCUCGGCAACAGCCCCAGCACGGUGCUCAUCUCCAGCACUUCCAACUCGCUUAUGUCCGCCUCCGUCAAACCCACCACGCAACAGAUCGGCGCCAUAGGUAGCAAAGGUGGCGGCGUCGGUGGCGUCGGCGGCGUGGGCGGAGUGAACACCUACCAGCAACAAUACUUAGGCUACUCCGGGCCGGUCGGCGACGCGCCGUACUCGCUGCAGGGCCUCAUGCCGCGGCCCGCGCCGCCCGCCAGCUCGUACUACUCGCCGUACCAGCCGCCCGCCGCGCCCGCGCCCACGUACCCGCUCCAGUUCACGCAGCCUGCGCAGUCGGGGGCGUUCAGCUCGCAGUUCUUGUCGAACCAACUUCAGGUCGCAGCAGCCGUCCAGCAGAUGCAGCAGCAACAGUUCCGCGCGCCGCUGCAGCAGCAGUUCGCGCCGCCGCCCGCGCCCGCGCAGCCACGCCCGCCGCCGCCGCAGCUCAAGAGCCCGCUGCACGAGCACGCCAAUGGGUUCGCGCCGCUCUGCGAGCCCGCCUCGCCCACGCCGCAGGGCAAGCAAGCUAAGCCCAACGUACAAAAGCCGCCGCACUCUCCGCCGCAGCACAAGUACCACGCGCCGCCGCCGCACCCGCCGCCCGCGCACACCCCGCACCAGCACCACCCGCAGCACCCGCAGCACCAGCAACACCCGCAGCACCCGCAACACCCGCAGCACCAACAGCACCCGCAGCACCAACAGCAUCAGCAACAUCAGCAACAGAUGGGCGGCGGCAACAACGGGCGGUGCGGCGGCGGCAUGCCGCGCGGCGGGCUGGCGGCGCCGCGCUACCCCGCGCCCAUCCAGCGGCCGCACGCGCCCGCCGUGCCGCUGUACCGCGCGCCGCCCGCGCCCGCGCGCCCGCACCACGCGCCGCCGCGCCACAACCUCUACUACCACCACCACCAGCGCAGUCAGUAUACACUGCAACAACUACCAUACAUAUAUGGUGGCGGCGUGAUGGAGCGGCCCGCGGAGGCCGGCGAGCCGGCCGCGGCGCCCGAGGAGGCGGAGGCGCCGCCCGCGGAGGCGCCGGCCGCCGAGGUGAAGGCCGAGUGAGGCGCCCGCCUCUCCCCAAACAAGUAACACGCCGAACGACGAGUUUCGGUACUAUAAGUUAAACGUAAAUUAUCCAAGAUUAAGAUUAUGUGAGCUGCAAACACUGGCAGACGAUUUUUUUUCAUACAAAUCUCAAUGCACUUAGGCAUACUAUUUUAAUUAUUGACAUUAUUGUAUUUUAAUUUAAUGAAUUUAUUGAAUGGUCCAGUCCGGCCGAACAAGGCUGCGUUGACAAAUUAUAUUACUGACAUAAUACUGAGUUCGCUGCUCGUAGAUUGUUCACACUUUAUAAUAGUUCCCUGUGAACUGGAUAUUAUGACUAAUAAUUGAAGGCAAUCUAAUUUUUAGAAUUAUGACUUUUAAUUGAUUUAUUUGAAAAUAUAUAUUAAUCAGUGUUAUUAUGAUUUGUAGAAUACUAGAUGCUAUGGUUUUAAUUACGAGCAUGAGCUUCAAAGUGCUUUUAACGUGUAAUAUUAGUUACCUAAAAUAUCUGUGUCAAAAAUCCUCAAAAUGCAGCUAUUUCAUUUCUCAUCAAACUAUGUCUAUAUAUUUAUAACUAUAUCGACUGCAUACUCUGUCUGAUGUCAAAGGUUUGUGAAUAGCGGUUAAUAGAGUAACAUCCGACAAUCAUGAAUCAUGAUCUGUUUAUUUAUACGAAAACUUGCAUUGGUUGAUUGACUCGCAAUGAAUUCCAUCACAUCUAAUCCAUAUACAAUCGUGUCAUUGCGUAUGACAUACAAAUACUCCCUCGUUAUGAUGUCCGUGCACUACCUAUUAUUAUAAUACUUAGAGUUUUCAUUAGGUCUUAUGUAGGCAACGUAGCAAGCACUGAUCUCCACACGAAAUGUACGUAAAUAUAAAAUGACGUCUUUGAAUAAAAAAUUACAGACAGCUGAACAUUAGUGUCUGGCGCUCAUUAUACGAACAAUAAUGAAAGAUAAUGUAGUGGAGUUACUAUCGUAAUUUUAGUGCUAACUGUCCAAUCCACGCCAAAAUUAAGUAUUUUCGUAGUCAUUAAAAUUGCUACUUUAUAAUAUUAAGUUUAAUUACUGUUUGUUUACAAAAAGUAUCCCCCGGUGCUAGUGGACGCCGGCCUCAAAGUAGGGGGCAGUCAAGCUGUUCAAAUACUUCGGAUUACCUAUUCUGCGCGUUGAGGCGCAGUCCCGAUUCCCGAGGGAUAUGGACAUUUUGGCAGCUUCUGUAUUUGAUCCCGACUAUUUGAAUUUCGAAUUGUGUGUGUAAAAAUUGUAUUAAAUCUAAAUGGAAUUAUGAAUUAGCAAUAAUGAUUUAUAGUAAUUUAUUAAUUAAAUGAUUAUGAUAUGGAACUGAUUUUGCUUGUAAUAAUUAUGUUUUGUAUAGUUUUUAAAAUUUAACUCGACUCUAGUUGGUGGCCGUGAAGGUAUAGUCACUACGAGACAACCAUGACUUGUUAAACAAUACCUCAAUGGGGUCGCUCCGUCAAAUCUAAUUGAACUAAGUAGUCAAAUAUUCUCAUAACUCUCUCUUUAUCAUCCUCAACUCUUUUAAUCAAUCAUCAGUUCGCAGCAAUCUUUGAUAUAAGACAGAGGUAUUGCUAACAGACGCCAUAUUAAGAACAUCGUGCGAAUUACAUCUAUUUUAUUUUGUGACAUAGCCAGUGUGGAGUCGAUGUUGUAGUAGACUAACGGGGGGCUGUUGGGUGCCCUCUGCUUCAUUCAUCCACCGAGUAAUUAGAACAUGUUGUCAGUUUACCAUACGCUAAAUAUAUUUGUGACGUUUUCAAACAAGGGAUAAACCAUAUGAUCCGUUGUUUAUAAGGUUAAAUCUAAUCUUUAUGGCAGUAGCGCCUUACAACCGGCAGUCAGUACCCUAUUGAUUGAAAACGGCGCAUUUAUAAUCUGUUGAAUACGCACCUCACCAAACCCCCCCCCCCCCUCACCCCUCUGUACACGUACAUCGCACACCCUUGCUGUAACUAUUUUGUAGCUUAGUUGGUACAUCUGUUAAGAUAUGAAUAACAGAAAUGUAGCACCGGCCAGCCGUGUUAAUGCGGCGACUGUUUUGACCAUUUUGUAUGUUAGAUUGAAAAAAAAAAAGCAAUACACUAGAAUGAUUUUUACAAACAUCAAGAAGCAAUCCUAAAAGUGCCUGUGCAUAAAAUAGGUUAAUUUCUAAAUACACUUUAUUCAUCAUGUACGCAUUAUCAGUAUCUUGGCAAUGACCUAAAUUAUGUAAAAUGUUUGGUGGUAAGUUGACUGCCACUACAAUUUAUGAAUUUAGCUUAAUAAUAAAUUUAAACACGACUGAUUUGCGUGAGCGGUUGUAUUAAUGAUUUGUUUAAAACCGUGUCAUAUAUUUUCGGCAUUCACACUUAUAGUUGGUUCUAUUCUAUAAUUUCGUCGAUAAUUGGAUGUGGUGGUGUGGUGGGGUCGACAUCGUUGGGUUUUUGUUUUACGAUUAUAUAUUUUAAAAGCGAAUGCAUUGUGUAUAGCAUCGGACAUCGGAAACAGACAUCGUAGAAAGCAAUUCAUAAAAACAGCGGCAAAUUAAAAAUGAUAUCUUAGUGUUAUAUAUCUUUAUAGAUCGUGUCAUUCACGACGACGCGCGCCUUGACUCAUAUUGUAAUGUUAUUUAAGGUUAGAUUUGACAAAUCUGCGUCAACGUGGAUGACACGAACUAUACACAAAUACCUAAUCAUUAAGGGGCCCACUGAUUAUCAGUUCGCCGGACGAUAUCGGCCCGUCAGUUAUUCGUAAAACACGGGCCGAUAACCUCCGGCGAACUGGUAAUCAGUGGGCUCCUUUACCCAUAGCUGCUACAAGUUAGAAAAAUACCCGAGCAUCGGCGGCCCUCUCUGAGGGCCUACCGCGAACCACUUUCGACGUGUUGUCUCUCUUUCGCACUUGUAAAUUCGUACGUAACGUAAGUGUGACAGGGACGCAACACAUCGAACGUGGUUCGCGGUAGGCCCUCUGUCCCGACGCCACUACCCCACAUAGCGAUACACACCCCAGACUCAACUCAUCGAAACGACACCACCUCUUAUCAAAACAGCUAUUUGAGACUCACUAUAGAGCUACAUCUGUUUAAGACACCUUGGUUAUGAUACCUUUAGUUAUUUAGUUUCAACUUUCUCACAUAGAACGUAUACAGUUGAUAAAAUAAAGUAGACGAGUUAGAAUCGAAUAAGAUUUAGAUAUAAUAUUGGUUUAAUGCAUACUUACUGCAACUGGAUGUUACUAAUCAUAGAGCUCCAUCGUUUUAAGCAGCGAAUUCUGAGUAAAAGUGUUGGUUGUAAUUAGAGACGUUCACUUGCGUCAUUAUGAGGCGCCGAGAGCCGUAUGCUUGAGCUGCGGCCACGGCGCCAGUGGAGACUGUAUGCAAGCGGCUAGCUUCGCAGGAGGUGGAAGCAUGGUCUUUGGUUCUAAUAAGUGGAUAUCGGUACGUUUUCUACAAGUUUUGACACGUUUUACGAUAUUUUGGUCGCAUAGUUAAAAAUCAUAUGCCGUCAUUGUGUAUUAUGCCGACACUAGAAUAACCUAAGAAAAGUUCGUAAGACUUUAUGUAUAUCAAGAGAAAUGGAUAAUGAUCACAUUAUUUGGCGCGUUCUAGUCUAACAAAACAUAUCUGCAUGCGUGGCGUCUCGAUAAAAUAUAUCAAGACUUGUAGCAAGCUGUGUGUAUGGGCACGAUUACAACCGAGCUUAUAAGAUGCGUCCGGUCCGGGCAACGGUGUUGUUUCUAGCUAGAUUUAGAUAGUCCUGUAAUAAUUACAACCGUUUUCUUCCAUUGUUGUGUACAUCCUACUACACGUUAUGAUACUGCCUUAGAGUACGUUGAUUAAUGUCUACAACUGCGUUACGGAAUAAGACGAAUCAAUCUCUGUGCUAAUUAAUGUGAGGAGCCAGCCGUAGCGCUCGGAGCACCCAUUUACUCCUGAUCUCCUAUUAUAAACUGUCAGUGACUUAGUUUACGCUUACCUGUUGUAUGUGUAAUAUAAUGUUGAAUGUAUCGCAUGAUAGUUAAUACGAAUAUUACACUAAUUUUACAUCAAUCCAGUUGUAGGAUGCCGAAGGUUCUUAUUAUAAAGAAACACCGUUAUGUACCUUCUUUCUUGCAAAUGACUAUCUAUAUUUGUAUUUGAGCCGUGUAAGGGCAUUGAGGCUUGCAAGAAAACGAUCUGUUAGAGUACUUUGGAAGUGUAUGGUGGGUCCGCCUGCCGCCCGGAACGCCGCACGGACCGGGCUCGGUGUCGGCGAGCCUGCCGCGCCGUUUGUCUGUAUGUAAAUAUAUUUGAUGAAGAGACAAGGGAUAGUCUAUUGGACUGCUAUAUUUAAGUAUAUACGCGAACGGUCAGCGGCCCCGUGCGAAGGCGCCCGCGCCGACACGUACUGACAGAUGCUGCCUCUAGACUUCUGACUAGUGAAUAUGUAGUGACGGUUAUUGCAACAUAAAGCUGCAAUAUAAAUGAAUAUUGUAAUGUAAUUUGAAGCGAAUGGCGAGCGAGCGUUUGCUCGCUCGACGGCCGCUAAAGAUGCGCGUUUUGCGCUAAAUGUAUCAUAAUCAAUUAUUGUAUGCGAAUAAAAUAUUAUGAUCGA